UCCUCAUCACCCCAUCCGGUGCCUGCCUGCCCUCCGCAGGGCGGGGAAAGGGGAACCCUGGUCAGCAGUUCCGGCAAGACGGCAGACCUGGGGCUGGCUAUGUGGCUGAGCCUACUGCUGUUGCCCCUGCUGCUGCCUGGGCCCCCGCCCGCCCUCGGCAUGGAGGACGCCUCGUUCCCCCACCUGGGGGAGAGCUCGCAGCCCCCGCCCCGGGCCUGCCCCCCACGCUGCUCCUGCCCCCGGGCUGACACAGUGGACUGUGCCGGCCUGGACCUUCGGGUGUUCCCGGACAACAUCACCAGGGCAGCUCAACACCUCUCCCUGCAGAACAACCAGCUCCAGGAGCUCCCCUACAACGAGCUGUCACGCCUUAGCGGCCUGCGGACCCUCAAUCUCCACAACAACCUCAUCUCCUCCGAGGGCCUGCCUGACGAGGCCUUUGAGUCCCUCACGCAGCUGCAGCACAUCUACGUGGCCCACAACAAGCUCUCUGUGGCCCCCCAGUUUCUGCCCCGCUCCCUCCGUGUCGCUGAUCUGGCUGCUAACGAAGUGACGGAGAUCUUCCCACUCACCUUUGGGGAGAAGCCUGCGCUCAGGUCCGUGUACCUCCACAACAACCAGCUGAGCAAUGCGGGCCUGCCGCCCGACGCCUUCCACGGCUCCCAGGCAGUCGUCACCCUCAGUCUCUCCAGCAACCGGCUCAGCUAUGUGCCGCCCAGCCUGCCGUCCUCGCUGGAGCGGCUCCACCUGCAGAACAACCUCAUCUCCAAGGUGCCCCGAGGAGCCCUGAGUCGCCAGACCCACCUCCGGGAGCUCUACCUUCAGCACAACCAGCUGACGGACAGCGGCCUGCAUGCCACCACGUUCAGCAAGCUGCACGGCCUCGAGUACCUGGACCUGUCCCACAACCAGCUGGCCGCGGUGCCCGCCGGCCUGCCGCACACCCUGGCCGUGCUGCACCUGGGCCGCAACCGCAUCCGCUGGGUGGAGGCUGCCCGGCUGCGCGGCCUGCGAGGGCUGCGCUACCUGCUGCUGCAGCACAACCAGCUGGGGGCGGCAGGGCUGCCGGCCGGGGCACUGCGGCCGCUGCGGGGCCUGCACACGCUGCAUCUCUACGGCAACGGGUUGGACCGCGUGCCCCAGGCGCUGCCCCGCCGCCUGCGGGCCCUGGUGCUGCCCCACAACCGCGUGACCACGCUGGGUGCCCGCGAUCUGGCCGCCACGCCCGGCCUGGCUGAGCUCAACCUGGCCUAUAACCGCCUGGCCAGCGCCUGCGUGCACCGCCGGGCCUUCCGCCGGCUGCGGGCCCUGCGCAGCCUCGAUCUGGCCGGCAACCAGCUGACCCUGCUGCCCUCUGGCCUGCCCGCCAGCCUGCGCACCCUGCGGCUGCAGCGAAACCAGCUGCGGGCCCUCGAGCCUGAGCCGCUGGCCGGCCUGGACCAGCUUCAGGAGCUCUGCCUGGCGCAUAACCGGCUGCGUGUGGGUGACAUCGGGCCUGGCACCUGGCAUGAGCUGCAGGCCCUCCAGGUGCUGGACCUCAGCCACAACGAGCUGUCCUUCGUGCCCCCCGACCUGCCUGAGGCCCUCGAGGAGCUGCACCUGCAGGGCAACCGCAUCAGCCACGUGGGCCCCGAAGCCUUCCUCAGCACGCCCCGCCUACGUGCCCUCUUCCUCAGGGCCAACAGGCUUCACGUGACCAGCAUAGCGCCCGAGGCCUUCCUGGGCCUCCCGCACCUUCGCGUGGUGGACACAACGGGUAACCCUGAGCCAGUCCUGGUCCAGCUGCCACCCACAGCCCCACGUCGGCCACGGGCAGAGGGCCCCUGAGCCUGGAGGGGCGCAGUAGAGCAGCCCAGACACCUGGGGCUCUGCUGGGCUGUGGACUGAGGAGACAGCGCCCAACCUGGGGCCUCGAGCUGGCUCUCUCAGGCCUGGAGAGCUGGGCCCGCCUAACCCACGCUGGCCAGGAUGCUGGGACAGGGGUGCCACCUCGACACACAGGGAGCCCAGGGAGAGACUGAAGCGUGCAGCUCGCACACUGGGUGUGCAGGCAACUCCGACCCUGCUGGACACUCCCCCACUGCCCGUGCAGAUGGACACAGCAACAAUAAAGCCUAGCCCGGGACCUCCCUCG